CUAAAGAGCUACAGGAAGCCACAAAAACGGUAUACUCCAUCUUUGUAUAUCCAGGAAAGAGAAUAUUCUUCUUUCUACGUGCAUAUACUUAAAAGAUAAGCAUCUCACCAUCUACCUUGGAGCCUUGGAGGUCUGAAGGAGCAGCAAUGGCGCAAGAGAUAGAGCACACUCAGCUCCCCGUCCGCGGCCUCAGCCUACACGUUGCUCAAGUAGGAAAAGAUGAGCUUGGGACGGUGGUGUUCCUGCACGGCUUCCCGGAGAUAUGGUACUCGUGGCGCCACCAGAUGCAGGCCGUGGCCGCGGCAGGGUACCGCGCCAUCGCGCCGGACAGCCGCGGGUACGGCCUGUCGGACCAGCCGCCGGAGCACGAGGAGGCCUCCUGGGAGGACCUCGUCGCCGACGUGCUCGGCAUCCUCGACGCCCUCUCCAUCCCCAAGGCGUUCGUCGUGGGCAAGGACUUCGGCGCCAUGCCGGCGUACGACUUCGCGCUGCGGCACCCGGGCCGCACCCGCGGCGUGGCGUGCCUGGGCAUCCCCUUCAGCCCCGUGCCCUUCGACUUCGCCGGCACCAUGCCGGAGGGCUUCUACCCGCUGCGGUGGCGCCAGCCGGGGCGGGCGGAGGCGGACUUCGGGCGGUACGACGUCCGGCGCGUGGUGCGCACCAUCUACGUGCUCUUCUCCGGCAGCGAGGUCCCGGUCGCCGAGCAAGGCCAGGAGACCAUGGACCUCGCCGACGGCUCCGCGCCGCUGCCGGAGUGGUUCACGGAGGCGGACCUCGACGUGUACGCCGAGCUCUACGAGAACUCCGGCUUCGGAUACCCGAUCAGAAUGCCGUACGGGUCACUGGACAAGAUGGCGACCCAGCUGGACGCCAGGUUCGAGGUGCCGGUGCUGAUGGUGAUGGGGGAGAACGACUACGUCAUGAAGCUGCCGGGGUUCGAGGCCGCCGUGAGGGGCGGCAUGAUGGCCGGCUUCGCGCCUGACCUCAAGGUCGCCUUCGUCCCGGAGGGCAGCCAUUUCGUGCAGGAGCAGUUCCCGGCGCAGGUCAACGAGCUCCUCCUCGCCUUCCUGAAGGAUCACCCGUGAUCCCGGCCGUGGUGAGGAUGACACUGUUUACAGUGAUGGGGUUGCAACUGACAACGGUCGCUUGUCUUGCACUGUUGCACAACGACCACCACGUGUAUCUUUCAAACAAAUAUCCAAAUUCAUGUCCUUUUUUAAAACACAAUACAAACGCAGACGCGGAAGUUUAUAUGUAUGCACAUAUAUUCAUUCUUACGAAUACACGCAGACCUUAUCCUUA